AUCUUGUGAAUGAUUUGCCGGGUCCAAAUUAUGACCCGUUCUUUUCCAAGUACUACAAAAACUAAAGUCAGCAUUAAUCAUAAUGCACGAAAGAUUAAAGUGUGAAGCUGCAUUAUUACUUUACCUCCACAGUCAGAAUGAUCCAUAUACAACAUAUUUUGUUUCUAUGUUUCCUGCUUCAUAAUUUUCAUGUCAUCAUUUGCAACAACAAAAACACAGACAGAGAUAUCCUUCUAUCUUUCAAAUUUCAAUUAACUGACCCAAACAAUGUUCUGUCAAAUUGGACAGCAGAUUCAAAUCAUUGUAACUGGUAUGGUGUCAACUGUUCUAAAGUUGGUGAAAGAGUUCAAUCUCUCACCUUAUCAGGACUUGGUCUCUCUGGUAAACUACCUUCUAAUCUCUCCAACCUCACUUACCUUCAUUCACUUGACCUGUCUAAGAACAAUUUUCAUGGCCAAAUUCCUACCCAAUUUGGUCAGUUCACACUCCUCAAUGUCAUUCAAUUAGCUUUCAACAAUCUCUCAGGUUCACUUCCACCACAAUUGGGUCGACUGCAUAAUCUAGUAAGUUUAGACUUUUCUGUCAACAAUCUCACAGGUGAAAUCCCUUCAACUUUUGGCAAUCUCUUUUCUCUUAAGAAUCUUUCUCUGGCAAGGAACAAGCUUGUUGGUGAGAUUCCAAUUGAAUUGGGCAAUCUCCAUAAUCUUUCAAGACUUCAACUUUCAGAAAAUAAUAUCACUGGCAGGUUUCCUACUUCGAUUUUCUUCAACCUCUCUUCCUUAGUUUUCUUAUCCCUCACAAAGAACAAUCUAUCAGGCGAGUUGCCACAAAAUUUUGGCCACGCCUUUCCAAAUUUAACCACACUUGCUCUCGCAACCAAUAGGUUUGAAGGGGUGAUUCCAAAUUCUAUAUCCAAUUCAUCCAAUCUUCAAAUUAUUGAUCUUGCUAACAAUAGAUUUCAUGGGCCAAUACCUCUUUUCAACAACCUAAAGAACCUCACUCAUUUGACACUUGGUAAUAACUAUCUCACUUCCACAACAUCAUUGAAUUUAAAGUUCUUUGAUUCACUUAGAAACUCCUCUCAGUUGCAAAUUCUUAUGGUCAACGAUAACAACUUGACCGGUGAACUUCCAAAUUCUGUUGCCUAUCUCUCAGGCAAUCUACAACAGUUCUGUGUUUCUAAUAAUCAGCUAAAUGGAAGCAUUCCUAAAGGAAUGAACAAGUUUCAAAAUCUCAUAUCCUUCUCUUUUGAACAGAAUUAUUUCACCGGCGAGUUACCAAUAGAAUUAGGAUCACUCAAGAAAUUGGAGCAGCUAUUGAUAUACCAAAACAGAUUGUCAGGUGAAAUUCCAGAUAUAUUUGGCAAUUUUACAAAUCUGUAUAUUCUUGCAUUAGGAAACAACCAAUUCUCAGGUAGAAUUCACGCAAGCAUUGGACAAUGCAAAAGAUUGAGUCUUCUUGACUUGGAAAUGAAUAAGCUUGUUGGUGUCAUACCAGUGGAGAUUUUUCAACUCUCUGGAUUGACAACUUUGUACUUACACGGAAACUCUUUGAAUGGUUCGCUUCCUCUUGAAUUCAAGAUGGAGCAGCUAGAGACCAUGAUUGUUUCAGACAACAAGCUGUCGGGGAACAUUCCUAAAAUCGAAGUAAACGGCUUGAAGAAACUUAAGAUGGCAAGAAAUAAAUUUAGUGGCUCAAUUCCAAAUAGUCUAGGAGAUUUAGCAUCCCUUGUGGUCUUGGAUUUAUCAUCAAACAAUCUCACUGGUCCAAUUCCUGAGAGUUUAGAAAAGCUUGAGUAUAUGGUUAGGUUAAAUUUGUCUUUCAACAAAUUGGAAGGAGAGGUUCCUAUGAAAGGUAUUUUUAUGAACCUAAGCCAGGUUGAUCUCCAAGGUAACAACAGAUUAUGUGGCGUUAACAAUCAAGUUAUGCACAAGUUGGGAGUCACUUUGUGUGUUGCAGGUAAAAAAAACAAGAAAAACAUUUUACUCCCUAUCAUACUAGGGAUUAUAGGUGCGAUUGUUUUGUUCGCUUCAAUGCUCUAUCUGUUGUGGCUGCUAAUUUCCUUAAAGAAGAAACAUGAGGAGGAGAAAAGAAGUUUGUCACCAACUCCUCUGAAGGGUUUGCCUCAAAAUAUAUCCUAUGGUGAUAUUAGGCUUGCUACAAACAAUUUUUCUUCUACAAACUUGGUUGGAAAAGGAGGCUUUGGUUCUGUUUACAAGGGUGUGUUCAACAGUAGCACUUACGAAAGUCAAACCACCAUACUUGCUGUUAAAGUUCUUGACCUGCAACAAAGAAAAGCCUCUCAGAGUUUUAGUGCAGAAUGCGAAGCUUUGAAAAACAUUAGGCAUCGGAAUCUUGUCAAGGUGAUCACUUCUUGCUCUAGCACUGACUACAAGGGGGGUGAUUUUAAGGCACUGGUUAUGCAAUUCAUGCCUAAUGGUAAUUUAGAGACGAAUUUAUACCCAGAAGAUCUCGAGUCAGGAUCUUUACUAACCUUGUUGCAAAGGUUGAAUAUUGCUAUUCAUGUGGCAUCUGCCAUGGACUACUUGCACCAUGAUUGUGAUCCACCAAUAGUCCACUGUGAUCUUAAACCUGCCAAUGUCCUGCUAGAUGAAGAUAUGGUUGCACAUGUAGCAGAUUUUGGAUUGGCAAGGUUUCUCUCUCAAAAUCCAUCAGAGAAACAUAGCACCACGCUGGAAUUGAAGGGGUCAAUUGGCUAUAUCGCCCCAGAAUAUGGUCUAGGAGGCAAGGCUUCAACUAGUGGUGAUGUGUACAGUUUUGGGAUCCUACUGCUAGAGAUGUUCAUAGCGAAAAAACCAACAGAUGAAAUGUUCAAAGAAGGAUUAAACAUGAACAAUUUUGUAUCAGAGAUGGGUGAGAAGCAAUUACUGAAUAUUGUUGAUCAAAGGCUUAUUAACCAUUAUGAAUAUUCAACACAAAAUUUCAGCAGUGAUAGUCAUAGUGGUGGAUCAGGCGACAUCAGCUAUAGUGAUGGUAGUAACACAUACUGGACUCACAAAGCUGAGGAGUGCAUAGCUUCUGCAAUGAAAAUCGGCUUGUCAUGUGUAGCACAUCAUCCCAAAGAUAGGUGGACCAUGAGAGAAGCCUUAUCAAAAUUACAAGGAAUUAAGCAGUUUAUACUAGGCUUGUAAUGUUGGUGUCAUGCUUGUGGAUAAUCUGUAAAUAUCUGUCAUAAGUCUCAUGUUCUUCCAUAAAAGUACUUUAUAUAUGAAUAGGAAUCUAAAAAUAGUUAUGAAUUGUGAGUUCUAAAUUUCUAAUG